ACCAUACGUCGAAAAUAGUAGAUGAGGAAAGAGAGGAGUUACGGUUCCACAUGUGCCUCUCGUGAUCUCGGAUAAACAAUGGCGAACCGAGUCGGCAGUGCAACGUUGAAUACACCUAAGCAAUUGUAUAAAUAUUUAUUGCGUGAAUGCGAAAAACUACCUAAACACACGCAGCAAUUUUACAAGCACUCAGUCAAACAAAGUUUCAAGCAGCACGCGUCAGAAUCUGAUGAGGAACGUAUACAGCAAAUUAUGGAACGAGCAUUGUUAGAUGCCAAAUGGGUGAUACAAAAGUAUAAACAACCAGGUAGCACUUCAAUGCCAAAAUGAUAAAUAAUCAAUAUAUAUCUUAAUGUAUGCAUAUAUUAGUAUUAGAUAGCAAAA